AUGGCUGAGAACACGCAAAUUUUGCUGGCUCAGAUGACUCUCCAGGAGAAGCUUCUUCUCCUGGCAGGGGAAUCGACAUGGCGGACGGCACAAAUUCCAAGACUGGGCGUGCCAAAGCUGAAGGUUUCAGAUGGUCCCAGUGGUGCCCGUGGUGAAAUUUUUGGAGAAAGCGUCCCAGCCACAUUCUUUCCCAGCGGCGUCAGCUUGGGGGCUACAUGGGAUGUCGAACUCAUGUAUGAGAUCGGGCAGGCCAUUGCAGAGCAAACCAAAACAAAGUCAGCGUCGGUCAUUCUGGCUCCCACGAUGUGCAUCCAUCGCCAUCCGCUGGGUGGUCGCAACUUUGAGUCUUUCAGUGAAGACCCUUUUCUCACAGGCAAAGUAGCCUCGGCACAUGUCCAAGGAGUCCAAUCGAGGGGUAUUGGAGCAACUCCUAAGCAUUUUGUGGCGAACGACCAAGAAACCGACCGUUUCAAGUACAAUGCGGUCAUCACCGAGCGAGCUCUGCGCGAGGUCUACCUCCUUCCUUUCCAGAUGGUGGUCCGCGAAGCUGACCCUUGGUGUAUGAUGAGUGCCUAUAACAGGGUCAAUGGAAAGCACUGUGAUUCGUCCAGGGAGCUCCUGGAAGGCAUAGUCCGAAACGAAUGGGAGUGGCAAGGUGUCCUCAUGAGCGAUUGGGGAGGCACCAACACAACCGUCGAGGCAAUAAACGCAGGCCUUGACCUCGAGUUCCCAGGGCCUCCGCUCAGAAGAAGCAAGGAAAAAUUGGCGAAUGCCUUGGCAGACAGUCGGAUCGAUCUUGACCAGGUUGAAAAAUCGGCAGGACGGGUUCUACGUCUUCUCCAAAGAACAGGUCGAUUUGAACAUGCGCCGGAUGAGCCUGAGUACUGCCAAAACGACGAGCAAACCCGCGAGCUUGUGCUGCGCGCAGCAACGGGAGGCAUUGUUAUGCUCAAGAAUGAAGCUGGAGCGCUCCCUCUCCGACUGUCGGAGAGACUUGGUAGGAUUGCCGUGCUAGGUCCCAACGCAAAGCGAGUUGUUGCCGGUGGGGGUGGUAGCUCGUAUAUCAAUGCGCCGUAUUGGACGAAUGUUUACGAUUCGCUAAAGGAGGCCUUUGAAGGUACUGGGACGGAUUUUGCGUUUGCAACUGGCGCAAAAGUGCAUCGACAUUUGCCUACGGCACCUUUGCAAGUUCUGACGGAUCCUGUGUCCGCAACUCCUGGAGCUGCCGUCGAGUGGCAUCUCGGGCACGACUUGACCGGACAACCCGUGACCACGACGCACAUCGAUGAUCUCUAUUAUGUCUGUUUUGGGACGACACCGCCCGAAAUUGGAGUUGAAACCGGAUACUCUUUUCGAGUUCGGACAAUUCUCAGGCCAUUGUCAUCAGGUCUCCAUCAACUAUCGUUGGCGAGCAUUGGACCAUCUACCAUUUCCAUCGAUGGUAAAGUGGUAUCAUCCCAAUCCGGGUCAAUUCAUGAGCGAGCAGAGCUCUUCUUCCAGUAUGGAAGCACUGAGGACAGAUUCUCUUUAAAUCUCGUGCAAGGACAGGACUAUGAAGUACAGAUCGACUAUCACUCCCAUGACCGACAACUACACCCUGAGUACGAAGCUCUCAUGCUCCCCAUGGAAGAUAAGUUCCAAGGUAUCAGGUUUGGUUACGAAGAGCAAGAUGUUGAAGAUUUACCAUCGACUGCGGCCGCCAUCGCCGCAGAUUGUGACGCAGCCGUUGUGGUUGUUGGCCGAGACAAGGAGUGGGAAACGGAGGGCCAGGACAUUCCGACAUUUGAACUUCCGGGGCAACAAGUUCGGCUUAUUCAGGAGGUCUCCAAGGUUUGCAAACGGGUCAUCGUCGUGAUUCAGGCGGGCACCCCUGUUGAGAUGACAAAAUGGAUUGAUGGAGUUCAAGGAGUGUUGUAUACAUGGUACCAGGGACAGGAGUUGGGCAAUGCCGCUGCCGCCAUAUUGACUGGCUCUCACGAUGUCACCGGCCGGCUCCCCGUGACCUUUCCAAAACGAUUGCCGGAUUGUCCCGCAUAUCCAUCUUUUGCCGGCGAACAAAAGACGAUUCAGUACAGCGAAGGAAUUUUUGUUGGGUACCGAUGGUGGGAUUUGACGGGAACAGCACCAUUGUUCCCCAUCGGAUACGGCUUGUCGUAUACCAAGUUUGCUUUGACUCCAAUUAACAUCAGCACGACGACACUCCGCAGAGAUACACAGCUGACCUUGACUGUGCGAGUCGACAAUCUUGGCGGAUUUAAGGGGCCAGGGCGGCAGACUGUCAUAGCUUGGCUGGCCCCCAAGGGCACUUCCAGGCUACAGAGGCCAAAGAAGCAAGUUUGCGCAUUUGCAAAGUCGGACUCUCUUGUUUAUGGAGAGAGCGCCGAGGUACGGCUUGAAAUAGAUGUCUAUGCAUUUGGAGUCUUUGACCCAGAGAAGGGCCUGUGGGUGGUGGACGCCAACACGCAGUUCGACAUUUUGGUUGGCACUACAGCAGUGGACGCAAGUCCCUGUUGGGCUAUUGAAGCGCCCGAGGAGAUAAAAUGGUUACACAAGAUAUAG